CAGAAAGGCGCUGCUGCGGCGGCUGUGUCGCAUCGCUAGAUCCAGAGGCGCCGGUUGACACAGCUCGACCCAAAAACUUUCCGUUUUCGCCGCGUUCACCUUUUCUUCGCGUGUCUUUGCAGGCUCUUCACCGCGAGCGAAACUUUGUCCGUCCAUGCGUUCCACACUCUGUGUGCCGUCACGCGACGUGUGGUUGAUGAAAAACACCGAGAGGCGACCCCGCAAAGCCUCGCUUUCUGUUCCUUUUUCCAGUCCCGCUGGCUUUUCCCGGCUUUUUGCUCAAGACGCAUCCAAAGCCGCGCAUGUCGUGUUUUUGUGUCUGCAUUUCGAGGAGCUUUCCACCCCAGUCUGUGCGUGUGUGCGACGAGACAAAGCAGUGAAACCACGUCAUUCCUGUGGGCUUCGUAUCUCUUGGUCUCCUGAACAGUCACAGGACUUGUGGCCGUUCCUUCCAACCGAGAGCCGGUCGUCAGAAGACGACUUCAUUCAAGGACGAAAGUCGUUUAGCAUCCGUCACUCACACACAUGAGAGGCACUUGCACAGGGAUGAAGGAGAGCUCACGGUACCGCUAAAGCAAUCAUAAAGAACUUGGUUGUCUGUAUCUCGUAACUGGAGUCACAUUCAGUAUCGUAGGUACUAGAAUGUCCCUGUUUACUCGAUUUGAGUUAUACAGUUCUGGGUCGCGGAUAAGAAAGCCGUUCUGACUCCAUACGGUUUGAGUCGCACACAGCGGGCCAAACAACGUUCCGUUCUCCAAAGGUGGAAUCCCCUUCGCCUUUUUCCAGUUGGGAACUAGCUCUUUCGGACCCGCGUUUUCUCUCUGAAGGGAAACUGAGGAAAGGAGGGGUAAGAAAGAAACACAAGAGGGAAGAAACAAUUCAACGAGGAGCUUUAGUCGCGGUAUCGACUCCGCCGAACCAUUCUGAGGCCUGUGCUUGCCUGUCUGUACAGCCGAUUUUCCUGAGGAAAGAGGCGUAUGCGCGCGCGUUUUGACCGACCCUUCCUCCAAGACAAGCACUGCGUUCUAUCGAGAACGCAAAGGGGACCUUCCUCGGCUUUCAAAGCCUGACGCUUUUUGUCUUUCCGUUCUUCAGAGGUCCGACAGAGUCGCGCUUUUCCAAGCAGACCUUUCGUGGCAUCAUUGCUUGCGCUUGUGUUUGGGUUCUUCUCUGGAGGUCGACACGCCCCUCGUGCUGUGUCAGUGCCUUUCUCUGCCUCUCCGACCGCUCACGCUCACAAAAGUGAACGAAGGAGGUCGCUGUGCAUCUCCGAACCUCCGUUCGGACGCCUCAUUCGUGACUUUACUCAGAGUUCGCCGCGAAAACAGCGCCUCGUCGUUUGCCUCUGUCUCGUGAACUCGCCUGCUCUUCCUUUUUUGCCCUCGGAGAGCAUGCGUCUGUUCUGCGUGGUGGUCCCCGUUUUUCCGGCACAAAGGCGCCUCUAUGUGCGCCUCUGAGACCUGACCCAGAGACUGAGUUUGGGUGUAUGCACCGAGUGUGUCGUCGCGCUUGUCUGCGCUCGUGACGCUGAACCAAGCGAAGCCUCUCCGUUCCACUCUUCUGCGAACGGACUGAGCGAAGGCAAGGCAGGGAACCGAGUUUCCCGUAGAGAGGACACAAAAGCGACACCGGAGGCAUUUCAGUUCGUUCGUUCCUGUUGUCGAAAAGGGAGAGACCUUUCGGGUCGACCGUUGACUUUGUCGUUUGAUCUCGUGUUCACCACGACAAACAAGGAGAGAUGCGCCGUGUCUCCGCCGCCUUCUUGCCCGAGACGCUCAAGACAACCUGCUUUCUCCUACACUCGUCUCUCUGCUCGCGAGUGAAGGACGCUGCCGAAGCACGGACACUCCUCAGUUUGAGGAACAUUUCUCAGUUUGAGGAACAUUUCUCAGUUUGAGGAACAUUUCUCAGUGAACCCGCGUUCGUCAUUCAACUACAGCCAACACAUCUUUUUUGUGCGUCUCUGCAUGUUCAGCGACAGACAAACUCAGGAAGGACACACUACUGAAUCGUUGACUCUCGACAUCCCAGCGUCGACUUCAGACGCUUUUGAAGGCCCAAGAAGCUCUUGAAAGAACGCCUUUCCUUCUUCUUCUCCCCCUCUGUUCUUCUCUCUCUUCUCUCUUCUUCCUCGGAAGCCUCUCGCGCCGCCUCUGUUGGCCCGCCUUGGCCUGCGGUCUCUGUUGCGACGGCGGACGGCGACUUGUUUCCUUGCUCUGAAAAUGCAUCUGGCGGGAGACGUCGGCGUCCAGUUCGAGUGCGUCUGCUCUCAAACGCACCCUGGACAGACGCUGUGGGUCGUGGGGAGCGUCCCUGCUCUCGGCUCUUGGAGUCUGCAUGCAGCCCUGCAGCUCGAGACCGGACCUGACACAUUUCCCCGUUGGAAGUCGAGAGACGGCGUCCGCGUCCCCAGAAACCAAGAUGUCGAAUUCAAAUUCGUCAUUAUGAGUCAAAACCGGGACUACGUCGUCUGGGAGCAAAUCUACAAUCGCAAGAUCUGCACAGAUUCUCCCAUCAUCUACAAAAGCCGUUUCGGCGAGUGGCAGAGCGAGACGACGCCUUGGGUACUUGCGUCAAAAGCCGGGACAGUCGGCCUGAAACUCUCCCCAGUAGCUGGAGACCAGCAACAACAGCCCACUUGGAUGGGGCGUUCGCCGGAUACGGCAGCGUCGCCGGUGCUUCGUCUGUCCUCUCAUUUGGAUCUGCUGUCUUCCCCCAGCGUUUCUCCCUCCACUUCUUCUUUGGGAGGCAUUUCUCCCUUUUCUGUCGGGAGAAGGGUGCCCGAAAACGCGGAGGGGGAGGCGCGCGAGAGAAGCGAGGAAGGUCCAGAAAGCGCGACUCUGCCUUCCUCGGCCCUCCAGCGCCUCGUCGAGGGAGAACAGACCGCAAGGAGCUGGCGAGAAAAACUCGAAGUCGUGAAGAACGUCCUCGCCGCCGCGCUGAAAGAGGGGAAAUCCCGGUGCAACCCUCAGGAGACAGUGACCCUCAUCGACUCGCUGGCCUACUGCAGCAUCUACCUUCACUUCGUCUCUCAAGGCGACAUCGUUUGCACGGAGGACGGGAGACAUUUUCGGCCGAAUCACCAUGCAAGUCUGUCACGAGAACUGUGCAUUAUUCUGGAACAAAUCGUGCAGGAAAUGUCUGGCAGAGACGACAUCAUGGCCGACGCCACUCGGAUUCUUGCGCGUUCCAUUGCUCCUUCUCUCCCGUCCUUCGGGGCACCGUUUACGGCCUCCCAACCGCUCACGCGAAUUCGAGAUAUUGCACACCGAAACGACAUCCCCUCCGACCUCAAAAAUGAAAUCAAACACACGCUGCAGAACAAGCUGCACCGCUGCGCAGGACCGGAGGACUUGGUGACGGCCGAGAAUCUCCUCCGUCGCUUCCAUACCAAUCCCAGUGCUUAUCCUCACGCCUUUGUUGUCGAGUUCGAGCGAUUCUACGAUGAACUGCGGCGUUUUUUCAAUGCCACGGAUUUGGAGACGCGCCUCGUAGAUCUUCGUCAGCAGGAGAAUCCGCGGGCUGUCGAACUUAUAAAUCGGUUUCUGGAGUCGAAAUCUCGGAGCGAUGACCCAAACGCGGGACUCACGAAACUCCUCGUUACUCUGUCGGUGUGCGCCGACUUACGCGCUGCCUUCACUUGCCAGUUGAGAGACAGCUGCGCAGUGACAUUUCACCAAGACAUCCACCAGGUUCAGGAAAUGAGACUGGCAGAAAUCUUGCUGGACGACGUUGCCUUCGUGCUUCUUAGUCGCAGCGAAGCGCUGUUUGAGCAAGAGCCGAACAGCAAAUGGGCUGAAGCUCUCGAGGCUCUUUCUCUGGGUGUCCAGAAUGUCCGCAUCAGUGGAAUCAAGCGCGAUGAGUGCCGAGCCUUGGCAAACGAGUUUUCAGGUCUGGCGAGACAGGCGUUUCACUCCAGAGACGACUACUUGAUUCUGAAAGCUUCGCUGGACCGAUGCCGGCGUCUGUGCGAGGACUUCACAGACCUGCAAAUCGCUCUCUUCGCCACCAGAGCUCUCGCUCUCGGGGCGCAACUCAAGCUGCCUGAGCACGCUGUGCGAGUGUUCUCAGAAGCGGUCGUUCGAUCCAGCGUCGUCUUCCAGAUUUCCAAGCUCUGUCGCGCGCUGCUUCGCGGCAUCCAAGUGCGUCUGAAUCUGCAGCCGUACGACACUCUGGUCGCUGGCAAAGCUGUCGGUUCUCUCCUUUUUUUCGACACGCUGGAGGAAGCGGUUCUUCAUUGUAUCCGGCGAAGCCACUCCGCAUCUUCUCUGCGCGCUUCUGGCCUCCCUCUGGGCGCCGCAUGCAGCUCUCCCGAGUCUGAAAAGAAUUCUCAACAGCUCGAGCCCAGCACGCCGAACGUGAAGUUCACACGCCUCGGAGAAGAGAAAAAAACCGUGACGGAAAAAGCGAAGGAAGUCUUUGCCGAUUCCCCCCCAAUCAUUCUCGCUGCGAGAUGCGCAAGUGGAGACGAAGAAAUCGCAGGUCUCGACGGCCCUAACGCAAGAGUCGUCGCCAUCGUCGUCGGCCACGAUCUCCCUAUCCUGAGUCAUCUCGGCGUCCGAGCGCGUCAGAAAGGCGUCCCGUUUGUGGCUUGUCAAGACCCAGGGGCUUUUGAGGCUAUCACAGCGUCGCAGGGUCAAAUCGUUUCUCUUUCGGCAGAUGCACAGUCUGUUUCUUUCCAGGUGCUGGAGGGAGGAACAGCGACAGAGGCUCUGCAGAGACAGCGUCAACAGGAAGAAACUUUGGACGAGAAAGGUACUUCAAACGAGGAAAAUCCGCCCUUGCUCAUUUCUUCACCGUCUCCGUCCUAUCCAUUUUCUUCUGCAAUUUCUUCUUCUCUUCUCGCCUCUCCUUCUCCGCCCGCCACCCUCACUGCCAGGGAGAUGACUCUCGAAACUUGUGGAGCAAAGGCAGCGACUUGCGCGCGUCUCCGGAUAUUAGCCGAGGAGGCCGAGUCAAAAAACGAAAACGGACGCGGCUGUCACGCUCCGAUGAAUGUUUUCGAAGCGGCAAACUGUCUGGCCUUCCCCUACGGCACUGCCGAGUGGCUAAUUCAGCAACAAGGAGAAAGAGAACUGUUUCAGAGUCUCAUCGAGAAACUGGAGACCUCUGCUCCCGGCUCAGAGUUGGACGAGGCAGUUGCGAAACUCCAAGAUUUGAUCAUGCAUUUGAAUCUUCCUGAGGAAAUCGUUUUGCCCGUCGUCCAUCUCUUUGGCACACGCUCUCGCCUUGUGGUUCGCUCUUCUGCCAACGUCGAAGAUUUGAAAGGCAUGUCGGCGGCGGGGCUGUACGAAUCGGUCGCGAACGUGUCUGUGAUGGACGCGGUCGCGUUCCGGUCUGCUGUCGUUACAGUCUGGGCGUCGCUCUACUCUCGCAGGGCAGUUCUGGCGAGACGCGCUGCCGGUGUGCCUCAGCACCAAGCCUGCAUGGCUGUUUUGAUUCAAGAGUUGGUCAGUCCAGAACUAAGUUUCAUUCUUCACACGGUCAACCCUCUCGAAAAAGAUAAACAUCGCCUCUACGCAGAAAUCUGUCCGGGCUUGGGAGAGACUCUCGCGAGCGCGGGCACCCGCGGGUCGCCCUACCGCAUGCUUGUGAACAAAGCGACAGGCGAAAUGACGAUGUUGUCCUUCUGUAACUACAGCACCUCCCUGGUGCCCGCGAUGCCCAAGAAUCGAAGUUUCAUCGCGCUGCGCGAAGGAAAAACCACGCAACAGGCGACUCCUCAACUCACGCCCUCGAGCCUCGUCAAGUCGCGAGUGAUGGAUUACACCAUCGAGCCGAUGACUCACGACUUGGGGUACAGAGUCCAUAUUGCUCACAGACUCGCAGGCGUCGCUGUAGCCCUUGAGGCCGAGUUGGAGGGUCCGCAGGACGUGGAAGGCGUGAUUUCCGGAGACGCGGUCUGGGUAGUGCAGUCUCGGCCGCAGCCUGUUUCCGACUGAAGGGCGAAUCGCAUGCAGUGGGGUGAAAGGAGGGCACGAGUCACGAACUGUCAAGAGGAAGUUUGUUAAUCAAUGCCAGUCCGGAUCUACGGCAAAGCAGAGUGGACCUACGCAUUUCGAAACGCAGUCUUUUGCGUGUCCAUCUGUAUCUCUCGCAUUUCAGGAUAUCCCCAACAGAACCAGCGUGUUUCUGCGCAUAGGCACGUAAAUUUACACAUGCAUAUGUAUAUAUGCGAGUACACUUAUCAACAUCGAUAUAUAUAUAUAUAUAUAUAUAUGUUUACACGAGUCGAAGGGUUUGGGUCGUGGUGGAUGGGCCGUCGCGCGAAUGAAAGACGCUUUUUUCCGGUGUCGGAGUUGAAGGGAAGACACUUUUUAUUUCGUCGCUUCCUUGUGUGGCGAUUUUGGUAACCGAAGAAUCUUGGACCGUC